CAACGAGUUAAGGCUGCCCACUCCCCUCCACCAUCCCUCUCUGAAGCUGAACCACUGCCCCAUCUCUCUCUCUCUCUCUCUCUCAUCAGUCACACGCACUCGGACCUCCUUUAUUAUUUAAAUGAGACGAGGUCGUGCCGCUCAGCCGACGAUUACGGGAGACUGAGAAUAGUGGGUCCCUUCCACUUCUUUCUCCUUUGCUCUUUUAGGGCUGCUGGGCUGUUGCUUUUACGCAGAACAAUCUCUUUUAAGUCUCCAAGGUUUCACAGACCCACAGCUCUUCCUUUCCUCUCUCAUGGCUUCUCGCGAGGGACACUAUAGGGGGGUGAGGAAGAGGCCAUGGGGAAGAUACGCUGCCGAGAUAAGGGAUCCAUGGAAGAAAACCCGGGUCUGGUUGGGUACUUUUGAUACCCCCGAAGAAGCAGCUCUUGCUUACGACGGUGCUGCUAGGUCUCUCAGGGGGGCUAAAGCCAAGACCAACUUUCCCCCACGGUCAACUGGUUUGUCCUUUGACCUCAACGUACCUUCCGACCGCUGGGGAUGUCCUCCCGGCGGUUUUGUUCUCGGUGAGCUUUUGCAGACGCGCGUUCUUAAGGAAGCCAGCUCCGAUGAGGGUGCUUCUUCGGUUAAAGACGUCCACGUUGCGACUGAAGCUCUGCCACCAGAACCUGCUUCAACCGCGCCGUCGUUUUUUGGGCUUGUUAAACGGGGCCUAUCGAUCGACUUAAACGAGCCUCCGCCCUCUACGACCAUGUCUCCUUUGUGUUUGAGAUGAGGAAAAAAAGAGAUCCUUUUUUUGCGUUCAUUGCUUGUUGUUACUUUUCUUUGUUCUGUUUUCCCUUCGGUUUUUGUAGGAAAUGAUCAAAUAUGUUACCUCAUCGAUAACCAGAGAACCAGAUUGUAAAUAUAUUGCACUUCUUUACAUGAAACAAAACAAGUUGGUUUUAUUAUUCUA